AAUAUUCAAACCUCAUAAAAUGCCUGAGGUUACAUGUAUGAGGGCGGAAGACAAUACUGUUGUAUUCAAUCAAACGAAGAAAGAGGUUUUCACCCUGAAUCAACAUUUUUCUGAAAUAUCAAGGCAACUUAAGUCUUCCUGGAAGGUCGUUGUAAAUAAAGAUGAUAUAACAUAUGAGCGUCUGAGCAUUGUUAAGUUGUUUAUCAUCCCUGGAGCAACUGAAAAGUUCAGUGCUACAGAGUUCAAUGCACUUAAAAAAUACAUUGAAAAUGGUGGAUCUGUACUUGUACUUAUGGGUGAGAAUGGUGAAACGAAGUACACUACAAAUAUUAAUUUCUUGUUGGAGCAAUUUGGAAUCAUGGUUAAUAGUGGUGAGCAAGCUUAGCGAAUUGUUUAUGGUAGAUACUGUUCUCCGAACAUCAUACUUUAAGUAUUAUCAUCCGAAAGAGGCAUUGAUUCCAAAUGGCAUACUUAAUAGGGCCAUAGCAGAGGCUGCGGGGAAAUCCUUUGUGGUAAAUACCCAGGAAGACGUUUCACACAAGCAGGCAUUGCAGUUCUUGUAUCCGUAUGGUUCCACUUUGAACGUCGCCAAACCUGCCGUCGCCUUGCUUUCAUCGGGUAGUGUCGCAUUCCCGCUUAACAGACCGGUCCUUGCAACCUGCAAGUUUUCUUCAGAUAAAGGUGGGACGUUAGCAGUUGUUGGUAGUGCAGCUAUGUUCACUGAUGCUUACAUAAACAAAGAGGACAAUUUCAAAAUAUUUGAGUUUCUUUUCAAAUAUCUAACAUCAGAUUCAAUAAAACUGAAUUCUAUAGACGCAGAAGACCCUGAAAUUGAAACGUACUACCAGGUGCCUGAUAUUACUAGUCUGGCCAGCAGUUUAAAAUCAUGUUUGCAGGACAGUGAUGAACUUCCACAAAACUCCAACAGCUAUUUUGACCAGGGCUUGUUUUCCAUGGAUACAGGACUUGUGCCGAAAGCAAUUCAGGCAUAUGAGAAACUUCACGUCAAACAUGAACCUCUUAGUUUGAUUACACCUCAGUUUGAAACUCCUUUACCUCCGGUUCAACCUGCAGUAUUUCCCCCAAAUUUUCGUGAACCUGGGCCACCUGCAUUGGAAUUAUUCGAUCUAGAUGAACAGUUUUCUACAGCUAAAGCACGCUUAGCCCAAGUAACAAACAAAUGUUACUCGCUUGUUUUCUUACCUUAACUAUGAAUUUAGGCAAUGAAGAAGAUUUAGAGUAUUAUAUUCAUGAAUGUGGAGAUAUUCUAGGAGUAUCGCAAAAAUUACCAACAGAUAAGCAAACAUCACGUGUCAUUUUAGAAGUAAUCUUCAAUGAGUUGGUUGAAUUCAAAAAACUUAAUCAAGGAAUUGAUGAAACUGGUGAUUGGUAAGAUAAGCAUAAUUGCUAAGUCAACUGGACGUUGGGCGUUUGUUCAAAUUCGACACAACAAUGAUAAUCAACUGUUGUUUAUCGAGAGGGUUGGUCUAAUGGAUAUCUUCCAGUCGCUUUAUGUGUAGCCUAUAAUUAUGUAUAUUGUCUUUCUUUAACGAACGCCUUUGUUGUAAUCUCACAUGUUCCAAUUUUGUUUUCGUUUUUUUUUGUAAAAAGUUUUGUGAUUAUUUUUCAUCUCACUAAUCCAAUCACAUAAUGAACAUAAGCUGUGG